CUCACUCUCUCUGAGCGCCUGCGCCCAUCAAGCUCAAAGGUCCCCUCAUACGCGUCCCGUGAGGUCUUAUGCCGCAGUUCUUGCAGCUCUAAAACAAGUUCUGAGUACACUUGAGACUCACGCUUCAUUUUAGAGUUUAGCAUUAAAGCAUGGAACGCCGUCAGCCCAUCAUGAAAACAGCCAUCUGCUUUGCGUGGCUCGUGGCGGUUUGCGUCGCUCAAGAGGAAACCAAGAUUUCCAGUUCCAUUAACGCGUUCGGUUUCGAGCUCCUCCGAGAGAUGCCGGUCUCGUCUCAGACGAACAUCUUCUACUCACCGUACAGCGUGUACACGGCAUUGGCUAUGGCCUACGUUGGCGCCAGAGGCGAUACUAUGCAAGACUUGCACGAGGCGCUCGGUUACUCGUCAGUAGGGUUAAGUCCCGACCUCGUACCGAGCCUCCACGCCAAGCACACACGUCGUCUACGUGAGCAGGCUUCAAAUUCAACGCUCUACGCCGCCAACGCCGCUGUUAUUCAGGAGGGCUACAACGUGGAACAACAGUACCUAGACUCACUCAGACAGUACUUCGACGCCCAAGUAAGUACAGCAAAUUUGGCAGAUGAACAUACGUUGACGACCAUCAACAACUGGGUCAAGAACAAAACAGCAGGAAAAAUAGAGCAGUUGCUCAAUGCACCCCUUUCCUCGGACGCAAGGUUGGUCAUUCUGAACGCCAUCUACUUCAAGGGGCUGUGGAACACCCCCUUUCAUGCAGGGGCCACGUCCAAGGCUCCUUUCUUCAAUGCAGGAACAGAGCUGGUGCAGGUAGACACGAUGCAUCAAAAGCUUACGACGGGAUACGCUCAGGACGACGAGACGAACACGCAGGUCGUCGACCUGGCUUACACGGGACUUGACUACAGCAUGGUUAUUGUGCUGCCGCGAGAGCGAGACGGCGCGGACGCUCUCAGGCGUAACUUUUCGUUGCCGCUCUACCAUCGUCUGCUGUUGAAGCUCAGGGACACAGAGGUCGAUGUCGCACUGCCCAAGUUCAAGAGUGAAAGCCUGUACAAGCUGAAGGAACCUCUGUCGCAGCUGGGAGCAUCGAAGGUCUUCGACAAGCAACAAGCCGACUUCUCGGGCAUCAGCGGGUCUCGCGAUCUGUUCGUCUCCGACGUGGUGCACAAGGCCGUGGUCGAGGUGAACGAAGAAGGCAGCGAGGCGGCGGGCGCCACGGCUGUUAUUUUUCACGUUGAGAGCCUCAGUGUAAGCACGCCAUUUGUGGUCGACCACCCGUUCCUGUUUUUCAUUCACAACAGACGUACGGGAGACAUUCUUUUUGCGGGUCAAGUGAACCAUCUCUAGGCUUCUAGAGUCGCGGCCCAAGGUGCACUUUUCCUAAGCUAGGGGUAACGCUGUAGAUGUCGAAUCGUUUCUCGUCACUGAGGGCCGAAUUAAAUUCAUUCUUUAUGACGAGAUAAAUCGUGAAACCCUUGCAAGCACGCUUCGCUGCUCAUCCUCUUCAUGUGCUUCGAUGGAUGACAUUAACUUGCAAACGAGCGUCCAAACAAAGUAGGUGGGACCUCCAGUGAUUAGGUAGCUUCCUAGUCAAGCCGCGCAAAGGCGAAGCUGUUAAUUUGCGGAAGCAAUACAAUAUCGUUACUGCGAAUAACAAAGACCUCCUCACAACAAGGUCAGUAUCCCGCCUGCAGUGGGAGUUACCGUGUGGAACACCCUAGACAUAAAUGGAAAGCAAGAAACGGGAUCGCACGGAAACAUAAUCUGCACGGAAACACAAAAUUUGAAUAUAGAUCGUUUAACACACCACACAAUUAUAGGCGACAUUAUCAAUACCAUAUUUCCAGUAGUUACUGAUAAUCGUUGUUAUCGUUCGAUACAAGUAGCUCAAGCUUGUCGAGCAGGGCUCGCAGUCGAGAAAUAGAGCUGCGUGCAGUGAUAAACGUUUGCUUACCUGCGAUCUGGAGGAGGGUAAAUCCUGUGUACACCGCUUAUACAAUAAGUAUAAGAAAGGUGUGCAUAGCACUUUGUGCCAUGAUUGUAUACCUCUGUAUUAAUUGUAUUAUUGCAUAAUUGUAUAAACUGCAUUAACUAAAUAAUGCUAAUUACUGGACGCAAGAGGAGCCCUUGUUUCCUCCAAUGAAGUGACUAACACGUACGCUCGUAUAUACACUCAAGUUACCGCAAACGCAGAAACCCUCAGUUGUUAGCGACAAAAAACUUAGAAAUAAGGAGCUGUUGAUUUUUGAUGAAGCAUCAAUUUCAUUCGUGAAUAAAGUAACUCUACAAGAGACGAGUUAUUCUGAGUUUUUUUUUUUUUUUUCACUGUUUCAUGUUGUUCAUUUGUGCAUUGCAAAUAAAGAAGCGCAACAAAGAUUCAUCUUUUU